GAUGCAAAGCCAGGUUGGGGCGGCCGGGCCCGGCCAGCGCCCUCUAGGCAGCGGAAGUGGCGCUUGCUUUACAUCCGUCCUCCCCGCCUCGCAGAGUUGGGAGAAGGAAGGCUGGGGGGUGUGGAAAAAUAAAAGGAAAAGUCCUUGCACCAUGUAGACCCGCGCCCCCCACCCUGGCACCCGCGCCAGCUGGGGAUCUCCCAGUCUGCGGCCAUGAACGCGAGCAGCGAAGGCGAGAGCUUCCCGGGCUCGGUGCAAAUUCCAGGUGGCACAACCGUGCUGGUUGAGCUGACACCUGACAUUCAUAUCUGUGGCAUCUGCAAGCAGCAGUUUAACAACCUGGAUGCCUUUGUGGCUCACAAGCAAAGUGGCUGUCAGCUGACCAGCACGUCCGGGGCGACACCCAGCACGGUCCAGUUUGUGUCAGAGGAAACGGUGCCUGCCACCCAGACUCAGACCACCACCCGAACCAUCACCUCAGAGACCCAGACGAUCACAGUUUCAGCUCCCGAAUUUGUCUUUGAACAUGGCUAUCAAACGUAUCUGCCCACGGAAAGCAAUGAGAACCAGACAGCCACCGUCAUCUCUCUCCCUGCCAAGUCCCGUGCCAAAAAGCCCACGGCCCCACCUGCUCAGAAACGGCUGAACUGUUGCUAUCCAGGUUGUCAGUUCAAGACUGCCUAUGGCAUGAAGGACAUGGAGCGUCAUUUAAAAAUCCACACAGGUGACAAGCCCCACAAAUGCGAGGUCUGCGGCAAGUGCUUCAGCCGGAAGGAUAAGCUGAAGACACACACGCGAUGCCACACGGGCGUGAAGCCCUACAAGUGUAAGACAUGUGACUACGCUGCUGCCGACAGCAGCAGCCUCAACAAGCACCUGCGGAUACAUUCCGACGAGCGGCCCUUCAAAUGCCAGAUCUGCCCCUACGCCAGCCGCAACUCCAGCCAGCUCACCGUCCACCUCCGCUCCCACACAGGCUCAGACCUAGGUAAUGAUAGUCCAAAACCAACCUGUCCCUCCACUGACAGCAGCGAUGCCCAGAGAGCCCAUGUCGUGGCUCUUCCCUCAGAGUCAAAGGAACAAACAGUGACCCUUGGGGAGAAGACAUUCAACUGCUGCUAUCCAGGUUGCCACUUCAAAACUGUCCACGGCAUGAAGGAUUUGGACCGCCACCUAAGAAUCCACACGGGAGACAAACCACACAAGUGUGAGUUCUGUGACAAGUGCUUCAGCCGCAAGGACAACCUGACCAUGCAUAUGCGGUGCCACACCAGCGUGAAGCCCCACAAGUGUCACCUGUGUGACUAUGCCGCCGUGGACAGCAGCAGCCUCAAGAAGCACCUGCGGAUACAUUCCGACGAGCGGCCCUACAAAUGCCAGCUCUGCCCGUACGCCAGCCGCAACUCCAGCCAGCUCACCGUCCACCUCCGCUCCCACACAGGGGACACCCCCUUCCAGUGCUGGCUCUGUAGCGCCAAGUUCAAAAUCAGCUCGGACUUGAAAAGGCACAUGAUCGUGCACUCGGGGGAGAAGCCUUUCAAGUGCGAGUACUGUGACGUGCGCUGCACCAUGAAGGCCAACCUCAAGUCGCACAUCCGCAUCAAGCACACCUUCAAGUGCCUGCACUGCGCCUUCCAGGGCCGGGACCGGGCCGACCUCCUGGAGCACAGCCGGCUGCACCAGGCCGACCACUCCGAGAAGUGUCCCGAGUGUAGCUACUCCUGCUCCAGUGCGGCCGCCCUGCGCGUGCACAGCCGGGUCCACUGCAAAGACCGUCCCUUCAAGUGCGACUUCUGCAGCUUCGACACUAAGCGGCCCAGCAGCCUGGCCAAGCACAUCGACAAGGUGCACAGGGACGAGGCCAAAACGGAGAACCGGGCCCCGCAGGGCAGGGAAGGGCCCCAUGCAGGCAGCGCCCACCACGUGGCCAAGAUCGUGACCCAGAGGGCCUUCCGCUGUGAGACCUGCGGUGCCUCCUUCGUCAGGGACGACUCUCUGCGGUGCCAUAAGAAGCAGCACAGUGACCACAGUGAGAACAAGAACUCAGGCCUGGUCACCUUCCCGCCCGAAAGCAGUGUCUCGGGGCAGCUGGGCGCCCUGGUCUCCGUGGGGCAGCUUGAGACGUCCCUGGAACCCAGCCAGUGCCUCUAGUUCCACCAAAGAGGGUGGUCAGCUGUCCAGAUUUCCAGACACAUGCCCCAGCCAGGCCCUCUGCCGUCAGGCCAUCGAGCCAGGCUUGAGUCACCAGCCCUGGGGACCCCUCCAAGUUCAUAGGCCUGCAGAGGUAAUGGCUGCAGUCACUGAUGCCCCACGAUGGAGGCCCCAUGAUGGAGACCCCGCUCUAUGCCACUGUCUUCUUGCAAGCUGUCUAAGCAAGUUGCCUUGGUUCCAAGGUGGGGGGUCCAUCAAGCACUGCUCUGUCCAGUAGGGAUAGUUUCUUCUCGGUGGAUGCCAGGUCUAAAUCUGAUCCGUCUUCCAUGAAAUUAUGAAACUAGAUGACAUGGAAAAACUAACACUACUCUGAUGUGUAGAGCCAGAAAGGUCUGGGUGAUGGUGGGGUCUGGGGUGGCCAGAAAAGUUCGGUUUCCUGACCCCUACGUGAUGGUUUAUGCCUUACGCAUUUUUGUGUGGUUCCUUUUAUCUGUUGUCUUAAAAUAAAAAGGCAGACUUCGUUUGUAGAAGGAUGAAAGAGGGACAACCCACUUUUAUGUUCUUCUGUAGACAGGUUAUGGUGGCAGUGGGGGUCGCCAGUGCCGCCCCGCCCCUUAGUAAUUUCCUUAGAAAUGCACGGAAGAUUUCUUCAUGUCUUGGUGCCGCAGAGAAGCGAAAUGCAGUUUGAUCUGUAGGUGGCGCCAAAGAUCAAGCUAACACUAGUGCAGCCUGUAAUUGUGUGUUGUGAAAAUUCCACAUUUGUGUACUUGUGUUCGUAAAGAAGAGACCGAGGGCCCAGUGGGUCCUGGGCUUGGUUCUGGGACCUGUGAUGUGCAGGAAAGCCCGGAACUGGUGUCUUUGGUCACAGUAAGCAUUCGGUGUUUGCUGAACCAACAAACAAAUGAAACCCCAGACCUCUUGUAAAAUGGACACUUUACUUGAUGAGAACUUAGAGGUGGCUGUGGAAUGCCAGCCAGUGGGUAUAUAAUUUAUCCAAAGUUGCUUUGUUCUUUUCUUCAAAUACAGUCUUUGUUUAAUACAAGUUCUUGUGUGCCCUCA